AUGAAGUGCACGGGGCUGUGUCUAAAGUGGGAGCAAUGUGCGGAGCUUCGUGAACGCUUGCGUACGACCAAAGAGCUUUUGGUUGAUCACAAGGAUGGUCCCAUUUGCCUACCAAAUAGGCCAAAUGCAGUGGCCAAUGCUAUGGUUCUUUCCCCAGUGCUUUCGGAGCUUGCCAACACAAGCAGGUUUCGUUUGCCACACUUGGAUGAUUUGAGCGUAGAAGUUACUUCAUUGUUCGAAAAGUGUGGCCUGUCGCUGGGAAGCAAAGCCAUCUACAAGAGCUCUGUGGAAAUCAAGAAGCUGGCAGGCUUUGUGAAGCGGAGGUACAGCGAGGGCAAAGCGUCUCAAAGAACUCCAGGAGCAGAUUGCUUUGAAGAAGGCCCAUGCCAACCAGUGCCUGUGGCGAGUGAUCAUGAUGAAACGCAGCCCAUGUGCGAUAUGGCCACUGCCAGUGUGACUUUUGAUUUGACUAUGCCCGUGGAUGGUGAUGACCUGGUGGAACCAGAACAGGAGGAUGGAGAUGAUCCUGCUGCUGGCGCCAAGGCUGCAGUGCUGACCCGUCGUCAGCAACUACAAGCCAAAGAGAGCAAAGAACAAAAGAGACAGGCAGAGCAGAAAGCCAAGAAGGAAGCGAAGAACAAGAAGAGUGAAGAGAAGGUUAAACAAGGACAGGAUGAGGAACCAGAGAACCUUCCUGUCAAGAGGAAGCGUGGCCAGAAGAAAGAGGAAGCUGAUGCUGAGUGCAGUGGUGAGAAAGGUGAUGGAGAGGAGGUGCCCAAGAAACGGGGCAGGGCAAAGGCUCAACCCAAGGAAAAGGCUCAGCCAAAGGAAGAAGAACCGGGCCAAAUGGCCAAACCCAAAGCAGAGCCCAAAGGCAAAGGCAGGAAAGCCAAGGAUUUGCCGGAGACCAAGGAAGAACCAGAGAUCAAACCAAAAGCCAAGGCAAAGGCCAAGGCACAAGCCCAGGAAACUGAAAAUGACAAGAGCAGUGCUGAGCCGAAAAGGAAAGCAAAGGCUAAGGCAAAGGCCAAAGCCAAGGCUGAAUCUCAGGAAAAAAAUGUGCCUGAGGCGGAGGAGGGUCAAGAUGAUGAUCUCAAGCCCAGGAAGCUCUUUGAAUCUGAUGGUGAAGCUGAGGCAGAGAGCCCGCAUGAGCGUGUAGAUUCCAAGACUGGUGAGGUGAAGCCACUUGCCCAAAUCUUGGAAGAGCAUGAGCCUCGUAAGGCCCGAAGGGCUGCAGGCCAGACGAAGAGCUUGCGUGAGGCAUCAGCUGCUUCUGUGAAUGAUGAAGAAGUGGCCAAGCCCAAGGGCAAGGGUAAGAGAUGUGCUUCAAAGCAGCAAGACCUUUCUCCUUUUGCAAAGAAGGAGGCCAAACGCCGCAAGAAGGCUGAGCAAAAUGUCAUGCAUGAGGAGGUUAAGGAAGAUCUUGCGCUACAGGGCAUUGUGAUUCAGCACAUCAAGAACUCGGCCCAGAUGCCUUUGGAUGAGCUCAAAGGGUAUCUGAAGACCAAGGUUGCCAGCGAGUUUGAACGGUCCAAGCUUGAUACAUACUGGACCAGACCAGCCUGUGGAGUGAAAUGCCCAGAGCUACAGCCCAAGAAUGAGGGGGGUGACAAGAAGGCAGCAAAGAAGGCGGCACAACAGGGCCCACAGGUUGCCUACUUCGGAAAGUGUGGCACGGCCAAGACAUGGAAUGCCAAUCUGGUCUGUUGCUAUGCUUCUUGGAUGGAGAAGGUUCCGCACGAGAUGCUUUUGGACUAUGAGGACCCCUUGAGCGCAGUUCAGGGCCAGAUGUCAUUUAUCAAAUACAAUAUCAAUGUGGCGGCCUCCCAGGCCAGACUGCUCCAGAUGCCACAAUGCCUCAUCUUCGAGGCAACAAGUGGGCAGUCAAGCUGGGAUUGCUCCCAGAUGACACAUGUGCUCUUGCCUGUUUAUGGGGACCUGGGACCCCUGUCCUUCGUUGAGAUUUUUGCAGGUCAGGCGGAAGCUACACGCAAUUUCCGCUCUUCCAGCUACAAAUCAGCUCGCUUGGACUUACUGUACAUGGACCCAGAACCAGGUAAACAGAAUCCGAUGGAUUUAAACAGCGCUGCAGGGUUUGCGACUGCUUUGGCUGUCAUAUUGAGAGGAGAUUGGGAGAAUGGGUGGCUGUCGCUUUUUGCAUUGAAGUGUUCUUCGUGGACAUCUGUAAACUCGGGGACAUCGGGUCGAUCAGUGUGUUCUUCAAUUGGGAACACUCAAUAUUUGAGUGUCCAAGAUGGCAAUUCUCUUGGCAGUAGGAUGGUGCUCCUGAUGAUGGUGGUUGUUUGCCUCAAUGGGUGCUUCAUGCUUGAACAGCCCUUCUCAAGCUAUUUUGAAUUCUACCCUCGCUUCCGGGAUUUCAUUGCUAUGCUGCAAAAACAUGGAGGUCGCCAUGCUGUACAUAAGGCAGCCUGGUACAUGUUGCACUAUGGUGGGCCCACACCGAAACGACAUUAUGCAUUCAGUAACUGCCGCCAUGUGGCAAAUCUGAAUGCUGGCAAGCUGAGGGGAUGGGCCAGGGUGAAGAAGGCUCUCAAACAGGAUGGGAAGCUUCAAUCCUUGGUGGAUCACUAUGUGGACAAACAGGGCAAGAAACGGUGGAAGGGAAACAAAUCCCUACGUGCCAGCGAGUCAGGAACUCAUUUUGUUGAAACUCAAACAAUACUGACUGAGUUGAUUGGCAUUUACCAUAACCGUUUCUUCUGUGCAUUCAAUGGGGGAAACCACUGA